AUGCUAUGGUCCACCGACGGGCCAAGCACCACAUGCAGAUACGGCUACCACUGUCUUCGUGCCGACUGCUGGUUCUUGCAUCCCGAGGGAAGGCGCAUCGACGCUGCGGCCCGAGCUGUGCCGGGCCAGUGGACGCAGCAUGCUGGUCCACGGCAGAAGAAUGCACAGGUCGUUAUCCUUCGACGCAGUCUCGGCAAUUUGUAUGCUCUGCUGCAGUUGCGGAGCUUUGCUAUGCCGGUCAUGCCUGGUCAUCUCGCAACUGUGGGUGGCAUGCGUGAUGCCGCGGAUCGGGAUAGCUCCAUCACAGCGGUGAGAGAGGUCUUUGAAGAAUGCGGACUUCUUGACGUGGGGCUUGUGCCACAAGCACCGCACAAUCUACGACAGCAUGCCCAGGGAUCAGGAGCCCGACAGCCCAAGCACUUCUCCAAGUUCGGGGAAGGCAAGGAGGUCGACUGGUGGGUUCUGCUGCUUGAUGGCCCCGGGAUGUUCGAAGAUUCGAUGGAUGGAGAGGCGGAGUGCGAAGACAUUUCUCGAGCCCUUCCUCGCCUGCCCGGUGCGGAAGCUGCAGAGUGCUUUGGGCACGCAUGGGUCCCAACCUGGAGACUGCACGAGAUUGCCGGCUUGCCGCUGAUGGGCGGGCUGCUUCGGAGGGUCUCGGACGCGGUGGCAGCCGUUUCUCACAUCCUCCCUUAG